CUGAUGAUAUUGUAUAAAAUUCGGUGUGGGUAUUGAUAGUGAAUUCACAAAAAAAAACAACAAGCAUCUAUAAUAUGAAUAAAAUGGGAGUACCAACGGAAUCUACAUUUCUUGAUGUUCAGCUGCCCAAAACUCUUCUUGAAUCACCUUCAACAUCGACUUUUUUGCCAGAUGAAGAGGCUGCUUUUUGUCCAUUACUUUCAAGUAGAAUGUUAGGUCCCAUAGCACAUCCAUUGAGCCCUAAUCAUAUGGAUACAGACGGUAUUACCUCAAAUUGCCAAAUCAGUUUAGACUGUAAGGCCGAGUCAAGUUCUACCGACAGUAGUAGCGGGAUAGCUAUCGACGUUCAGGAAUCUGCUACCACCAACCUAUUUCAUAAUGGAAGCUAUCAACAUCUACAAAAUAACAAUAUUAAUAAAGAAGAGGAUACACACUUCAUUGGAAAAAAAUCGAAAGACGCUCCCUCAUUUGUAUCAUGGAACUGGCCGCUAAUACGGAAAUGUACUUUUUUUAUUUUUGUCUCUACUAUUUUAGCUAUGUGCUCGAUAGUUGUUGCAAAAAUAUCUACUAUGCCCAAGUCUUGUAAUCCAAAAACAACUUGGUACCGUGGAGGCGUAUUCUAUGAAAUGGGAUUUCAGGAUUCUGAGUAUGAAGGAAUUAGCGAUAUAGGUGGAAUAAUCAACCGCCUUGAUUACCUUUCCUCAUUAGGUGUAGCAGCUGUCAGACUGAACUCCAUUUUUCUACCAGGAAAUAUAGAUAAUGUCACAUCGGUACUUCACAUAGAUCCUGCAAUUGGGAAUGUAUCCCAGCUAAAAGUUUUAGCCGAUACCUUACAAUCUCGAAAUAUAGCUCUUCUCUUAGACAUACCAUUGCAUAAUACAUUUGUUAAUAUCCACAGCAACCAAGAAAUAGUCUAUAAUCAAAUUACUAAAACACUAACUUCUUGCUUGGACAAUGGAGUGAACGGAUUUUAUUUAAAAGGACUUGAUUUGUUUUCAAAUGAUUUGAUGCUUCUUAAAUUCUUAGCAAUAUGGAAACGUAUAGUUGGCGAAAAUAGAGUACUAAUAAUAAACGAGAAAGUUUUAAAAGGAAAACCAAGUUCAUUCUUAACAGCAAUUCAGCAACAUGUUGAUCUUGUUGACGUUUGCCUAGACCUGGAAGGUGGCACGAAAAAAAUUACCAAUCGCAUAGAAAAUAUUUUAGCAAACAUGCCACCAGCCGAAGAUUCAACAUGGAUACACUGGUCGAUUGUUGAUUCCAAAUUAAAACACCACAACGAUCGAGAUUCUUUUAAUUCGGAUAAAAUAAUGGCUGGCACAAUAAUGCAGCUUAUGCUGCCAGGUACACCAAAUAUAAAGUAUGAGGAUGAUAUGAAUGGAAAACAAUACAGCGUGCAUAAGCUAAGUGAUAGAUCAAAAAUUGUCAGCAAUAUGAUAUCUCUGCGAAAGCGUUCCCCGUCUAUAUACAAAAGUGUAAUUUGUAAGCCAAAUAGUAAUAUUCAAAAUACUUUAAUACGAUAUACCAAUGAUGAUACACUUAUUAUUGUCCGAAACUACCCACGGAGAAACUCCUUUGCAUCUGUUACAAACUUGGGCAGUUAUAAAAUUACCAUGGACUUGACAUCGACAUUUUAUAGUGGCACUCGAAUGCUCACUAACGAAACUGAUAAAAUAUUUUUCAAAAAUUUUGAAAUAGAUCCGUUUGACACCAUUGUUGUUAAAUUAGAUAAGUAAAACGCAUGCUUAUUUAUUAUAGUUGCAGGUAUCUAGACUUCGACUUCUUCAGCCAAUUUAUGUUUCAGUUCAAAUUUAAUAAAAAUACCAAAAUGAAUAUCUAACGGACAACGAAGC